GCCCUAUUCUAGGGUCUGCAAAGCUACCUCAAAGACCCAUCACUGGGUAUGUGCUCAAGCAAUGUUGACCUCAGAAGAUAUUUUAUUGAAAUCUCUAUUCUCCCAACAAAGAAUUCAUGAAGGAAAGUUAGCACAGUAUAGAAGGUUCAGAAUAGAACCUCGACCAGAAAGAACUCAUAAAUGGGGUCAACUACCUACGGAGAGAUGGGUUAGGGGACCAACAAAUGGCUUUAGUGGAAGUCCUGGGGAAUACUUUAGAGAAGACUAUUCAGAAGAUAAUCAAAAAUAACUUAGAAUGUGCCCACGAGUUUGUUAUUGAUAGGUUCCUUAAAUUAAUAAUUGGAAUUUAGAAGAUUCAUAAGAGUUUUAUAUGUUAUUUUUAAUAGCCUCAUGAAUAGCUGGUGCAGUGACAAUCAAGACAGGGUUAAGUAUCCGGAGAAAUUCUUUUAUGGUGGGAAAGAAGGUGUUAUUUUUGAAGCAGAUGAAUCCAAGUCUAAUUUAAAAAAGAUCUUUCCUCUAGUAAGCAUGUUAAUAAUGCUCUUAAUGUUGCUACUUGUAUGGUCAGAAUCAUUAAGAAGCCAGUUACAUUACAUUUUAUUCAAAAUAUGUGAUUAUAUAAUCUGUUUUAGUGUCAUCAAGACACACAUUAUUCGUCAUAAGCUUU